CGGAAAGAAAGAAAAAAGAAGCAGAAAAAGUCGAUCCAGACGGCCAACGACGGCCAAUAUCGACCUCGACUCUUCCACCCAGUUUCUAACUUCUCUCAAUAUACAUCCCGAUCUCUUCUCUCUCUUCUGCGUGUCUUCCGUUGCAUCGUAAACCCACGCUUGCAAUCUAACGUUCCGAGCCUCUUUCUCGCCUUCCCUGCCACCCAAAUCCACCUCGAAGUCUCGGUGGCUUCCGUUCUUCGGCCUCAGCACCAUGUCCCAAGCCAGCCCGCCCAUCGUUCCCCCUUGGGCCACUUCGCUCUUGCAAGGUCCCAGGAACGAUAGCACGUCAAGCACGCCCUCCAAGGGAAAGAGUCCGGCUCUUCAUUCUGCUACCCCCGGAUCUACACUUGCCGCUCCUGCGUCUCGCCCUACCGUCAGGAUAACCUCGACCCCGACCUCUGCCUCGACCUCGACCUCAACCUCGACCUCAACCCCGAAGCCGAACCCGAAGCCGAAGCGGAACCAAAAUAGAGAAACACACGACGAUCCAUCACGAAGCCCGGAGCCAGCUCGUGUCGUCAGCGACCUCGCCCCGCCCCCGUCUGACCAGGCCUCAGGAGCCGGUCCGGGGCCUAUCCACGUCGCGCCUCCCUUGGCCGUGAGCAAACCCCCGGUCGGAGCCACCGAUGCCAGCAAGUCUUCCUUCUCCGGCAGCUCCAGAAUCCAGUCAUUGCAGAAGCAGUGGGAACAUAAUCAUUCUGACACGCCGUCCACGUCCGCAGACCCCUCCAAGAGCGUCGCCAUCACGGGCGAUGUCGGCCGGCGUACUUUCAACACGGAGCAUCGCACUUCCACCAGACCUUUAGUUGAUGUGCCUUCCUCGUCAUCCUCUGACGAGUCGGAUAUCCCUUCCCAGCUGCCGACCGUGGCUUCUCGUCGUCUUAUCCGGAAUCACCCGGGCCAAAAUGGGUUCCGAGUCUUGUCAGGCCCGAAUAGAAAGCGGUCGCCUGGAGACCCGGCUCCUGGGUUGCCCAGCUACAAACGUCGUCAUACCGAGUCCGCGGCCGGUGUUGAAGAGACGACGCUCUCCUCGUUGACUUUACUCAAGAACGAACAGGACCGGGUCCCUUCGAUAGUUCCGCCGAGACAGGAAGUUCAACCUGCGUCAACCCUAACUGCCCGAGCACCGGGUCCUCAGAACCCUGCCAGCGGAGGAGCAACGCGCCCGACCUUUAUUCCCAUCAGCCGGACGAAUGAACCACUGACAUCCUCUUCCGAAUCUGAGUCUGACCUUGAGGACGAGGUAGAAGACAAAGUUGACGACGAGGUAGAAGAUGAGGAUGGGGAUAAGGAUGUGGACUCGGACGAGGGAGAGGAGGCAGAAGAUGGGGACGUUGACGAGGACGAGGACAUGACCCUCAUGGACCAAACGACACCCCAGUCGCAGGACGAAGGAUACAGUGCGGACCGCUCGGGCAUAUUCCUCCCGGGAGUCAAAACGCGAGGAGCAAAGACCUCCUCCCACCCGGAACCCUUACUCUUGACUACGGACGGAGACCGGCCCUACAACAUGUGGAAGCACCCCGGCGACGGCAGCCUCGUAUCCACCAACGGAGCCCUGUUGCCGGCAGGUUACACCCCGUAUCACGACCCCGACAACCCUGACCUUGAAUGGAUUUGUCCCGUUCGCGACUGCAGAAAUUUAUUAGGCGGUGUUACGAGACUUGGCGCUCACAUGAACGCAAAACACCACCAUUCCACCUUUAAUGACAACGGGGACGGGACCCUGACCUGGGUGGGCCGCUACACUAACCAACCAGGAAGACCAUCUGUGCCCAUUGUCGUAUCGACGAACCCCCCAGGUCCUGAUGAGCCGCCUCCCGUCCAACCGACCGUGCCGGCCUACAUUGCUCAGGAGAAGAAACGAGCGAAGAAGCUUGCCCGACUACGCCUGUCUUCCCGGAAACACGCCCCCAAAAACAAAAAAAGCAAAAGCAAAAGCCGCAUAAGCGCUGCAAUGACCGACGACUCCGCACCCGGCAAGCUGCUGCCACGGAAAACCUCGGUGAUUGAGUAUCUGCACCAACAUUUCGGUCCGGAGUUGCAGUUGCCGGACAAGGGGGGUAGCCAGAUGGAGCUCCUCCAAUUACCGCGGCAACGCGACCUGCCCCCUCGCUGGGGACUUCAUUAUAGGUUCCACACCUGGGGCGCGCCCCCCGUCUUCUCCGUCGCUCUCUACCUCACGGGCGACGUCGCCAGGGACGGGCGCUGUCAGGUCUGCACAGCGGGCGACGGCAUCUGGAGGCAGUGCGUCGUGGCUCCUAAGGGGGCCUCGGCGGGGCUCCGGGAACGCCUCAAGGGGACAUGCGCGGGGUGCUUGUUCCGGUCCAACAAUAGGCGCCACCGCAACAUUUGUUCGUUUCUUGUCGGGAAGCUGGUGGCGGACGAUUUGGCCGAUCGUGAAGUCCUCGCGGAACCGAUCCCGGUUGAUGAUGUCCCUACCCCUACUCCUGCCCCUGCCCCUGCCCCUGCCACUGGCGCGGCCCUGGCCCUUUCGGCGGCAGAGCCAGCCGGUUCGGCACGUCCGAUACGCAGUACGAGACUGGCGAGGCUGGAGAGGUCCAGCACAGAUGUCACGACUGGUGCUGCUGCUGCUGCUUCUUCUGCUGCCGUUGUUGCUGCAUCGAGGCCAACACGGUUGAAGUCUUCACCGAAACCGUCAUGGACUGACAGCAUAAUCAACCCCGGGGCACCGGUGAUAACGGCAGAUGUAUUGGAGAUGGAGGACUGGGAGGUUGCGCCAGGCCGGAUUCGCGAUAAUGCGGAAUCGGCGGCUGAUAAUGUGGCCUUCUCCAACUCGUACCUGACGUCCAACCGCGCGAUUCCCGUCUCCAACGAUGUUAGUUUCAACGUGGUGGUGCUCAAACCGGGCAGUUCGACGCAGCUCGCGGCGGAAGACGACAAGAUGCGCCUGUGCUCGCUGGCCACGGGCAAGGUGCGUGUUCGGAUGGACGGGGUGGACGAAUUCGUCAUGGGGCCGAACGGCAUGUUCAAGGUGCGGUCGGGGGUGGGUUGUUCGGUGCAGAACCGGCUUUACAUUGAUGCCGUGCUUCACAUUACGACCAUCACCGAUGAUUAGGCGAGAUGGUUAUUCCUCUUUUCUCUCUCUGUUUGCUGUAUUGCUGGGGCAGAAGAGGGGGAGUCGUGGUAGCAAAAGGCGUUGGCUGGGUGUCUCGAUGGCUUUGGUGGUUAGGGAUAUUACAUUCUGCGAACACUUUACUACCUCUUGGGAGCGGAAUCGGCCCUGGGCUUUCAUCUUUCUCUGCAGUUUAUGAGCCAUGGGGCCGCUGAGACCACAGGUAUAUAAUGUGCCUAGGAGAGGGGACUGGGAGCAGAGGAUUACGUUUAUAGCCGCUGCCACAAGCAGGAGUCAAGGCGGGUUGAAACUUGAAAGCGUUGAAAUCGUUGACUCUUUCAAU